AUGUGUUCCGAAAAAUCAAUAGAUGAAGAUCGUCAAUCGAUAUUUUCCAUGAAUUAUAUACGUGAUAAUGCUUCACGUGUCGUGUUUUUACUUUUGUAUGUAUUAAUUAAUUUAGCUUUAUGUCUCUAUGUGGUUAUCUAUCGAUCAGUGGUACUCAAAGAUCAUGUACUUGUCAUAUUUGCACGCAUUGGUGGAAUGCUACUGAAUUUCAAUUGUGCACUGAUUGUUCUUUUAAUGCUAAAACAUAUAAUAUUAGUUAUACGAUCAAGUGAACAUUUACGAAAAUGGAUACCUACUGAUGAUCAUAUUGCUUUUCAUAAACAUGUUGCAAGGUUUAUUGCUUUUUUGAGUAUUGUUCAUACAAUUGCUCAUAUGGCCAAUUUUGGACGAGUUGCAGCUAUAGAGAAAAAAUUCACGUGGCCUGUCUACAUGUUCACAACAACGGCAAAGUUAGGUUGGAUCGGUCCCGGGUUUGCGCCUUUAAGUGGUGUUGUAUUAUGCAUCAUCUUUACUGUAAUGAUCAUUGGUUCGUUACACAGAAUUCGACGAGGUGGUCACUUUCAGAUAUUCUAUUGGACACAUUUACUUUAUGUAGUAUUUUAUAUAUUUCUCAUUCUUCAUGCAGAAAAUUGUUGGAAAUGGGUUAUUGGUCCGCUGUCACUUCUUUUAAUAGAAAAAGCUUAUUCAAUUCUAACGCGCUAUUCAUCAGGUAUUGGUCGUACUUAUAUAAAAUCAGCUACAAUCGAACAAUCGAAUGUAAUUAGUUUGAAAAUUCAUCGACCAAGACAUUUUACAUUUAAACCUGGUGAUUAUAUAUCAAUUAAUAUUCCACGUAUUGCUUUAUAUGAGUACCAUCCAUUCACAAUUAGUAGUGCACCAGAGGAAACCUCGUAUUUAACUGUUCAUAUUCAAGCAACCGGAAAUUGGACUAAACGAGUAUAUCAACGUUUUAAAGAUAUGUCAGAUAAGGAAAAUCAUAGAACUGCUGUUAGAAUUUAUCGAGCGGAUCGAAAUACUAAUGGUGCUACGUCACAUGAAGCAGUAGAACUUCAGGGUAUCGAAAAUAAUACAAUGCGAGCGACGCGCAGGCAAAGAGAAGUCAUAUUUAUCAAUGGACCUUAUUCAUCAUGUGCUCGAUAUGUAUUCGAUUGCAGACAUGUUGUUUUAAUUGGUGGUGGCAUUGGCAUUACACCCUAUGCAUCUAUCUUAUCAAGUUUAAUGGCACAAUUUCGGGCAUCGCGUGUUGUUUGUAAGCACUGCCACGGUAUUAAUUAUAAUCAGCCUGGUUUAUUAGAAAAUAAUCGUUUAAGAAAAGUCGAUUUUAUUUGGAUAAAUCGUGAUCAUAAAAAUUUUGAAUGGUUUCUUAAUCUUCUUCGUCAAUUUGAAGAAGAACAAGAGCAAUAUUUAGAAUCAAAUCCUGAUGAACAUCGUUUCCUUGACAUUCAUCUAUUUUUUACAGAAAUAAAAAAUGAUGAACGCAUUGGCAAUGUUCCAUUAGAUCUUAUUACGAAAAUUUGGGCUCAAGUAGCUGGACAUGAUAUAUUUACAAAUUUAAAUACAAAAACGCAUAUAGGUCGACCAAAAUGGGAUGAGCUGUUUCGUGGUUUCAACACCGACCAGACGGAGACAACGCAAAAGGAUGUCUCUGUUUUCUUUUGUGGUCCAUCAGCCAUGGGACAAACUAUUCGAAAACAUUGUGUAGACUGCAAGUUUCGAUAUUAUGAAGAGAAGUUUUAG